AUGACCGGGUCAAAAGUUGCGAUAGUCACCGGCGGUGCGGCAGGCAUCGGCCUCCAGAUGUCCAAACGCCUUCUCAGCAAGGGCUACCGUGUGGUCCUCGCAGAUAUUGACUCAGCUCGAGGUACAGAAUCGCAGAAGCAGCUGGGUGACCAGACACAUUUCGUACACUGCAAUCUCGCCGAUUGGGAUUCACAGGCGGCAAUGUUCAAAAAGGCAUACCAGUGGGCUGGACGGCUCGAUGUCUUCAUCGCCAACGCCGGAAUUGACGAAAAAGAACCUUUCUAUGACACACCCAGUGUUGACGAUGAACCUCGAAAGCCUAACAUGGCUAUUAUGGAUGUUGACCUCAGUGCUGUAAUCUACGGACUGCGCCUGUUCCGAUAUUACGUGCGCAAGAGCGGAACUGGUGAGGUUGCUAAGAUGAUUGCAACCAGCAGCAUAGCCGGCCUCUAUUCAUUCCAUGUCGCGCCCAUGUAUGCGGCUGCAAAACACGGGGUAAUUGGGAUCCUUCGUGCUGCGGCCUUCAGGUUGCGAAAGAAGGAAUCCAUCACCUUAAACGUGAUCUGCCCAGGGCCUGUUUUGACUGAGUUGGGAAAUCAGAUCCGAGAAUUUGUUCCCGACGAGAGCUUUACGCCGAUGAGCGUCAUUUUGGCUGCAUUCGACAAAUUUCUUGACGAAGACAUCACCGGAAAGGUGGCUGAAUGCUCGAACAAGGAAGUUCACAUUCGAGAGCCUGUGGACUAUCCGAACGAAAACACGAAAUGGUUGAUCGAGUCCAUGAAGGGUCUUUGA